AUGCAGGCCGUCAUGCAGCCGAGCCGCAAGGUUUCUCUCAGGGCUGACGAGCUGGAGGAACGGAUUGGCGCCGCCGGGUGCGAGAGCGUAGGUGCGCGGACUGGUAGAAGCACGGGGCGCGCUGAACAGAGCCAUCUGCGACGGAGACUCGCCGCUGGUGGUGCAAACGACGGCCGUCCGGAGGACCCCAUCGCCACUUGUGCAGAUUUACUCCGUGGUGGCUACGAAGGUGCGUCUGAGCCUCCGUCUGGAGAGGAGCAAAAUCCCGAGUCGCCAUCCAAUCCUGUGGACUCGGAAGACACUCCGGAGGCUCCACAACCAAAGACGGAGGAGGACCCACCCACCGUUCAGCUGGAUGCCGUCACGGAUGAGCUUCCUGGCGUGCCAGGGCUCGUCGAUCAGUUGGAGGACACCAAAGCGCGGCUGAAAAGGGAGUUGCAGGGCAGCUACCCUAUUCUGGAAACACUGGUGAUCUGGGAAAUCAUCGAGACGCAGGCCACAAGGUUACCGACCCUUUUGAAAGAGGUUGGCUUGACGGUGAGCCCCCUUGAACAGGGUCUUUCGCUUGUGACCGACCCCUCCGCUGUCGCUGCCGCGCGAGAGGCCCGAAUCGCUCGCAGCAAAGCCCUCAUUCUCUCUCGGAUAAAGAGAUUGUAUUCCUCGUGCUCUGAGCUCCCCAACAUUCUCCGGAAAGCUCGCCUGCUUCACCAUAUCGGGGGCCGCGACGAAUUCCCAGAAGUGCCGGAGGGAGCUAUUUCCCAAGAUACCAUGAAGGAGAUGACGGAUGUCCUCAAGAAGCUGCUCGUCGCCGGGUCGCGUUCGAAGCCCAUGCAAUCUGGCGACUCCCACUGGAUUUGUGGAGUUUUUUUUUGA